AUUCCAACAAAAAAAAAUUUUUUAAUGUCUUAUAGUUCAUAUAAUUCAUACAUAUUUCAGACCAAUCUUAAAGUGCUCAUUGGCAUCUUGGCGACUCACCAAAUUAUAUCAGCUUUCAACAUAUUUCUUUUGAAAAAGCUUUUACAUUCACAAAUUGUUCAUGUGUUGGAAACAUUAAUUGUCAUUCGAUGUUGUUACAACAUUUGGCGCAGUACAAAGCAUAUUUCAUCUCCUGUCGUAGCUCCAUACACUUCUUCUUUCAAAAACUAUUUAUUAGUUCCUGGUCCUGUGACAAAAACUAUUACAGAUUUUUAUGAUAGGCUAUUCAAACCUUCAAAGAAGUCUACCAGUAAUCUACCUCAGCCAAAGAUAGAACAACCUACAAAAGUUGUAGAUGCUUUCCGUAUAGCUCAAGAAAUCAUUCCAAAGUAUGAAGUCAAGCAAAAUGACCCUACCCCUAUCAAGUCAAAGGGAACUAAAUAUAUGGGUGCAUUUGAACAUAUGGUUGCAACAAUCAAACAGAUGAUGGAAGAAGAAGAACAACGACGACGCGAAGAAAAAGAAAAAAAUAAAGGUUUGCUAGCAUCUGAAAUUUCCAAACUCAAGUUUGUCCCUUGUCUACCACCACCUGUCCAGCCUGCUGUAAAGAGAGACCGAUCAUUGUGGCAUUUAGCCAGGACACCUAAAUUAGUUGAUGAAUUCAGAAUGGAACAAGUGGAAGGAUAUCACAGCUAUUGGAACAAAUUUAAUGAUGAAAGGUCACGUGUUUAUUAUCAUAAAUUGACUGAGGCACUUUUGAUGAAAAUCUUCAAACCACUCUUAACAACGAUUAAAAACUUUGAAACCAUAUUAGCUAAUUCUGGACAAGAUAUCGUUACAUGUGAUCCCAAAUUAAUUGCAUUGACCUUAAUUUUACCAGAACUCAGCAAUAAUCCCAAUUUUUCAUUCAACUUGAACGAAAUUCACCAAUUUAUUAGUGUUAAUGGCCGAAGCGAUGUAGAAGCAAGAAUGUAUGUAUUAGAAAGAAUUAAGGAACUUGCAAGUAGUCAAAGAAUGGCUGCCUUCUGUGGUAUACCAAAAGUGAAGGGCAUGCCUUCUGAUGGAGAGAUUGUUUUCUAUAUAUUUCACACUUAUUUACAAUUACGCGAACCACACAUCAUUCCACCUUUGUUACCUCUUGAAGGCGAUGUUUUCAAAUUCUUAUUGGUGUAUUUCAAGAUUACACCAGAGCUUUCAUGGGGCGUUUUCUAAGUCAAGACUAGAUUUUUCAUAUAUUGACAAUAAAUAAAAAUGUCGUUAAUACACUGUAAACAUGGUUGAAUCUCCAAUUAAUCCAAACAUGCUUAUGAGCCUGUCUAAAUAAUUCAUAUAUUUAUUCUUCUUUUACAGUUACUUUCAAAGAGUCUUAUGUCCAAUCUAUAUAUUAUAUCUAGAUUUUUCUCGAAGAAAAGAAAUUGAG